ACACACAAAUAGAGAAUUUAUAAAGUAAGAUUUGCAGAUGAACAGAAAUAUUAAUUGGCCUUCGAGCAAUAAUAUUCACCAUGCAACAAGACGAGACCCCAGAUUUCUAACUAGUCAGAUAUGGAUGAACCAUUUGGAAAACGACUUACAAGCGCAAGGAGUCGAAAUCGUCGAGAUUCAUUCCGCAGAUUCUUAUCAAUCUUCGAAUGAAGACAAUAACAGUCCUAAACAGCACCAGUGGAGUUAUGCUAGCAGGCUAAAUAGGGAAGAAAGCGAGGCCCCACAAGCAAGACCGAGAAACAUAAACGGUUUGGCGGAAAAUAACGGAUUCCACAACGAACUCGACGGCUCUCUUUAUUUCAACAACUGUAGAACCCCAGAUACUGCCGACAUUGAGGCAUUUAACCAAACAUGCUUCAAUAUACUCGAUAAGCUUUCAGCGCUAAAAGUGGACAGUUCACUCGAAGAUUUCGAUUCCAACGAGGCACAAGAUGACGAAACGGAAAACCGAUGGGACAGUGUAGAUAACGAUGAAUACGUUUUCAGCUCCGACUUAGACCCGGAAAAGCGCACUAUAUGGAUUUAUUCAUUAAAAAAUAGGCGGAUGCUUUCAGAGGACAGCUACGACCUCGUUGACAUCCGAAGCCGCGAGACUAUCUGUUCCGAUAAUUCCUCUGAAAACGAUAAAGAACUGAACACGAGCAAGUCCACUAGAGUGUCAAGCCCUAUCCCAGCUACGCAUAUUCCGAGACUGGACCUCUCGCUCGGUGCCACUUUACCCAACGUUACAGAAGUGACCGAACCCAAAUCUUCGGAAUCUUUAAACCGAUACGUGCCUAUAAGACAGAAGCCAACCAACAACUGGUGUGUGGACUCAGAAAAGGCAAAUAAGAAUAAUGUUACUACUAUAGUUAACUGGAUGGCGCUUUCGCCGAGAGAAAAAUGUCCCUCGCGACACAUCAACGCCCAGAUACAACUUCAAAUGGUUGUUGAAGUUCCUCAAGACGAAGACAGAGUACAAGAUCCUGAUACUAAUUUUCCAGAUCCCGCGAUUUUCGAAGCGAAAUCAAAUCGCGAAGACAAGUUAGACAAAUCAGACGAAACAAUCAUCAAGACACCUUUACAGAACGACUCCCAAAGAUCUUCGGCAAGUUCAAAAAGGGGGCAAUGCGUAGAUAAUGCUACCUAUUUAAUUUCACCGUUUGUGCGACGUGUUGAUCUUAACCCAUUAACGGAAAAUGAAAUUACUCUUAAAAAUAAAACUUGGAGUGCAUUAGAUGACGGCCAAGUUAAGAAGCGUUUUACAGUCAGCCAAUCUUUGCAGUCUCCCAUAACGAAGCCAACAGAAAAUCUCGAGAGCCACGAUUUGAUCGUCAAGUACGGACAAAAAUGUCACCUAGAUCGAAGAGUAAAAAGCGCGUGCGAUUCGUAUAUGAUAAACAAUUUGUACCUACCCAAUCCUCAGGAAUGGAACACUUAUUUAUCUGUACCUGCAACCAGACGGUCCGUACAAGAGCCAGAGGUUGAGACCAACAAAACGUUACUUCAAAAAUGCAUCAGCUGCUUCGGAUGUUGUAAAUAA